AUGUCUUACUUCUUCGCAACCCCCGUCGAUAUCGACAUCGUCCUUGACGACGCCGACGAGAGGCAAAUGGUUGAUGUCAAGCUCGACAAAAACCGCCGAGAGAAAGCGCCCCUAUACAUGGAUGGAGAGUCGGUGAAAGGUUCUGUUACUAUCCGCCCCAAGGACGGAAAACGCCUCGAGCACACUGGCAUUAAGGUGCAGUUCAUCGGCAGCAUAGAAAUGUUCUUUGACCGGGGAAACCACUACGAGUUCCUAUCACUCGUCCAGGAGCUUGCGGCCCCUGGCGAGCUCCAACACCCUCAGACCUUCGACUUCAACUUUAAGAAUGUCGAGAAGCAAUACGAGUCAUACAACGGCAUAAACGUGAAGCUUCGAUACUUCGUUCGAGUUACUGUCUCUCGACGCAUGGCCGAUGUUAUCCGGGAGAAGGAUAUCUGGGUUUACUCUUAUCGCGUCGUGCCCGACGUGAACAGCUCAAUCAAGAUGGAUGUCGGUAUUGAGGACUGUCUCCACAUCGAGUUCGAGUACUCCAAGUCCAAGUAUCACUUAAAGGAUGUGAUUGUGGGAAGGAUAUACUUCUUGCUAGUUCGCUUGAAGAUCAAGCACAUGGAGCUGUCAAUCAUUAGACGAGAGACCACGGGGGCCGCGCCAAACCAAUAUAACGAGAGUGAGACCUUGGUAAGGUUUGAGAUCAUGGACGGCUCGCCCUCCAGGGGAGAAACAAUCCCAAUCAGACUCUUCCUCGGCGGCUUCGACCUUACUCCUACGUUUAGGGACGUCAACAAGAAAUUUUCCACCAGAUAUUAUCUUAGUUUGGUGCUCAUUGACGAAGACGCUCGGAGAUACUUCAAGCAGUCCGAGAUUAUCCUUUACCGACAAGCCCCUGAGCUACCGGCUCCCGAUACACCGGGUGCCCCUCCCCCAGCGGACAACAGGACGAUAGCCACUGUCCCCCCUCCUACCGUGCAAGCGUGA